CCCUCAGCUUGUUAACGUACCUGCAUUUGGUGAAGACGUCAGGGGAAAGGAAUCCAGAAACGUUACAGACAAGAUUGAGGGCGAAAAAACUUUAUGCUGAUGUCAAAUCCAGUGGGGAAUGGAGCCCCUCUAUGAAGGUUGCUGUCUUGGUGACGACGUCGAGUAAAAUGGAUCCUGAGACAUUACAUAAAACUUUAAACCCUUAUAGAAACGUACGGGCCGGUGGCAAAUGGAGUCCCGCUGGAAACCGGUCCAGCUCCUCUGAGAAAGUCGCCAUCUUGGUGACGUACAAAGACAGAGAGGAACACCUUAAGAUAUUUCUCCGGCACAUGCACCCGUUUCUCCAACGGCAGGGGCUCGAUUACGCCAUUUACGUCAUAGAACAACAUGGCGAGGAACAGAAGUUCUGCAAAGGGUUGCUCUACAACGUCGGCUUCACGGAAGCAUUGAAGGACGACCCUACCUACAACUGCUUCAUCUUCCACGACGUCGAUCUCAUUCCCGAAGACGUCAGAAAUCUGUACACCUGUAGAAAGUCCCCCUUUCACCUGUCGGUGGCUAUUGAUAAGUUCGAGUACAAGUUGCCGUAUGUGACGCUUUUUGGCGGAGUUUCAGCCCUGACGAAGGCACAUUAUGAACUGCUGAACGGUUACUCCAACUUGUACUGUGGAUGGGGAGGGGAGGAUGACGACAUGACUCGCCGAAUGUUCAAACACAAGUUGAGGCUUUCGCGUCCGGAUAAAGACUUUGCAAGAUACAAGAUGCUGGCUCACAGUCGCAACCGUACUACGGACGACAAUCCCGCCAGGUACUAUCUUCUAAGUACUGGAGUUAGCAGGGCUGACACAGACGGUCUGACGGAUUUACAGGCAGCCAACUACAGUGUAACUUCAGUAACUCACAAGGAGCUGUACACUCACAUCUUAGUAAACAUUACAAAGAGAAGACCUAUAAAGUUUGGUAACCCCCAUAAACUGAACAAGACAAAAAUCCACCAUAGAAGAAUGUGAUUUCAACCGAUUCAUUUGAGCAAAAAUACCGCGGACAUAUAGAAAAACACAAACUUUCGAUAUUUUGGGGGUUUCUGGUUAGCAAAGCCUGAAUUAAAAAAGGUUAAUGAUACCGUCAAAAAUAUGAACGUACCUGAUGGAUUUUGAGGCUGAAAAAAUAAACGUACCGGUACGUUUAUUCGGUACGUUUAUUUAAAGUGUACAGUACAA